AGCCUCAGAAAGCUCGCACUUGGAAUUUCCUCAAAAUAUAAAGACAACCGCAAUUCUGCGUUGUUCCUUUCUUUUUUUUUUUUUUUUUUUUCCUGUUUUGAAGUUCCUCGGUUCUCCAUCCGUUUCCGACAGUCCUGGGAAGCGCCGCUUUUUUUUCUGCAAUUCAUUUCUUUAAAAAAUAGCUAAUUUAACGUCGAACGAAGAGCGCCGUCGCUAACACGUACACACAAAUGCACCAGAAGAGCAGUUCUGCCUCUGUUUAUGCAAGCAUAACACAGUAAGGAAGCGGCAGACACAAUGCGGAGAGCUGAGGCGGCGCGGGGUGUGUAGUUCUUCUGUCUCUGGGUUGGGAAUUCAUGUUUAAAUAUUCAAAAUGGCGGACGGGGGAGCAGCGAGUCAAGAUGAGAGUCCAGGACCAGAAUCAAGAAUGAGUGAUUCAGCAGAGAAGAAUAAAGACACAAUGGAGAGUGGGGAUGGAAAUGCAGGUGCCCAAACAAAUGGACUGGACUUUCAGAGGCAGACCGUGCAAACAAGUGCAAUCACCAAUGCGCAAGCACAGGCCCUGUUGCAACAGCUGACUCUGACUCCUGCACAGCAGCAGCUGUUGAUCCAGCAGGCCCAAGCUCAGCUCCUGGCUGCAGCUGUGCAGCACUCAGCCAACCAGCAGAACACCACCACAGGAGCAACAAUCUCCGCCUCCGCAGCCACACCCAUCACACAGAUCCCCCUCUCUCAGCCCAUUCAGAUCACACCUGACCUGCAGCAAUUCCAGCAGCUGCAGCAUCAGAACUUAAAUCUUCAGCAGUUUGUAUUGGUGCAGCCAGGUCACCCUAUUGCCACGCAGCUGCAGCCGGCGCAGUUCAUCAUCUCGCAGACAACACAGGGGCAGCAGAGUCUCCUGCAAGCCCAGAAUCUUCUAACUCAACUACCUCAAAGCCAAGCAAACCUCCUGCAGACUCAGCCAAGCAUCACCCUCACUACACAGCCAGCAACACCAACGCGUACGAUAGCAGCAACACCCAUUCAGCCACACAGCCAGACGACACCAAAGCGAAUGGACACGCCCAGUCUGGAGGAGCCGAGUGACUUGGAGGAACUCGAGCAGUUUGCCAAGACAUUCAAGCAGAGGAGAAUCAAACUGGGCUUCACUCAGGGCGAUGUAGGCCUUGCCAUGGGCAAACUGUAUGGAAAUGAUUUCAGCCAAACCACCAUCUCUCGCUUUGAAGCCUUGAACCUAAGCUUUAAAAACAUGUGCAAGCUGAAACCACUGUUGGAGAAGUGGCUUAAUGAUGCAGUGUGUGCAGAGAACCUGACUUCGGACCAGGCCUUGUCCAGCCCCAGUGCCCUUGGCUCACCUGGCAUGGGUAUAGAGGGCCUGAACCGCCGCCGCAAGAAGAGGACCAGCAUCGAGACCAACAUUAGAGUGGCCUUAGAAAAGAGCUUUCUCGAGCAGAACCAAAAACCUACCUCCGAGGAGAUCACCAUGAUUGCUGACCAGCUGAACAUGGAGAAAGAAGUGAUUCGUGUGUGGUUCUGCAACCGUCGGCAAAAAGAGAAGAGGAUCAAUCCCCCUAGCAGUGGCAGUGCAAGCAGCACCCCCAUCAAAGCAAUCUUCUCCCCACCUGCCCCUAUGGUGCCCAGCACAGCCAGCCUUGUCACCAGUAACACACCAACCACAUUGACUGUAAACCCAGUUCUGCCUCUCACCAGCACGGCUGUCACCAGUCUUGGUUUCACAGGCACAACCAUUGGUGCAGCAACCACAAACACAGCGUCUGUCAUUUCUACGGCUCCCAUGGUGACUUCUGCAGUGACCUCCCCUUCCCUGAGCCCUUCCCCAACAGCACCUCCGACUACGGGAAGUGAGGCAAGUGGGACCCAGGAGUCAGCUGUGGUGACACAGGCGCCUUCUUCCUUGGCCUCCUCAAUGGGUGCGGGACAGGUGAUGGUGACAGCGUCGGGCCUCUCAGCUGCCCUGCAGAGUGCUGCUCAGCUCCCUACCAGUGCCAGCCUGGCAGCCAUGGCUGCCGCGGCUGGGCUCAGCCCUGGGCUUAUGGCUUCAUCGCAGUUUGCACCUGGCGGGGCCUUGCUAAGUCUGGCUCCUGGAGCUCUGGGCAGUGCUCUUAGUCCUGCUCUCAUGAGCAACAGCACCCUGGCCACCAUUCAAGCUCUGGCAUCCAGUGGGACUCUUCCAAUUACUUCUUUGGACGCGAGUGGAAACCUGCUGUUUGCCAACACUAGUGCGGGCAGCACCCCCAACUUGGUGACAGCACCACUGUUCCUCAACCCCCAGAACCUGUCCCUGCUAACCAGCAACCCUGUCAGCCUGGUAUCUGCAGCUGGGGCCGGGGGAACAAGUGGUGGGGCGCUGAACCUGCAGGUUGCCACCACACACAGUGACGCACACCACAGUGGGGUUACUGUGACGACAACGCCGGCCACCACUAUUACCACCGCCUCCAAGGCCCAGUGAACUCAUGGCCAUGCCCCCCUCACUCUAAUCUUCUUUCCUCCUCCCCUUUAUUAUCAUUAUUUAAUAUUUUUGCUGCCACCAAAAAGAGAGAUCCUACUGAAUUUAUUUUUUUAUAUGGCUUUAUUAUCCACAUCUUUAUUCCUAUGCUGUGCCAGGAUGAUUUUUUUUUUUUUUUUUUUAAUUUUUCCUUUUUCCUUUUUAUUUCUUCCUUGCCAUUUUAAUCAUUUUUAAUCAUUUUCUGGUGGGGAUUGGCCACAUGCACAAAUCACUUGAUGUCACAAGAAACAGCAGCAGCAGUAUUCUGUUGUCGUGGCAUACUGAGACUGUCUGAACAGACUCUAGAAAAACAGCACUCUGUGCAGUCCUGGCACAAAUUCGGGGAAAUGACAAUGAUUUUCUCACGUUCCCUAAGUUAUUCGUUAAAACAUCUUUCUUCUUUUCUGACAAAUUUGACAGUUCUAACCAAAAAUGUGAUACUUGCAUUUAACUGCAUU